UCGCAAAACCUUCCGCAUUUACGAUAGCGAUGGCGAACGUGGGAGCAAAACUACUUUUACAUUCUAGAAAAUUCUUUUCAUUAGCACAAUUAAGACGCUGUCAUUUAACAAAAUGUGUUUACUGUGAAACAAAACCAAUAUCAAAAUUGAAAAACACUGUAAAACUUCCAAUAUACCGGUUGAUUUCGGGAAUAAACAGUAAACAGCGGAAAGUUCUGACAGCUGGUGCUUUUGCCAGUUUUGGUUUCAGUUCAUUCUUGCUUUAUGAAGGGACUGUUUUAGCAGCGGGGAGAAGUGAUGACAAUGUGAGUGCUUUGCUGCUUGCUGUUAGAAGAGGUGACUUAUAUACAAUAGAGAGUCUCAUCAAAAGUGGAGUUGAUGUAAAUGUGAAACAUGAAUUUGGAUGGACUGCUCUGCAUGUGGCUGCCAUUAAUGGAAACAUUCAAGCGGUGAAACUUCUCCUGGGGGCUGGGGCGGACCCCAACAUUGAGGAUGAGUUCAGUCAAAUACGACAGGUGGCUAAGGAAAAGAACAUACACCCCAUACAUGUUCACAGUGUCCGUGAAGAGGAAUUCAGUAAUAGGUUGAAUGUGAAUGCCAACUGCAGAGGCUGCACUCCACUACAUUACGCAGCCUUGAUAGACAAUGAACAAAUUGCGACCAUUCUUUUGGAUGCAGGUGCUAACCCGGCUGCUGAGAAUGCCAAUGGACACAAACCAGAGAUGUACGCUAAAUCUGCUUCAUUAAAACAGCUUCUGAAUGACAGAGAAAAAGCUUACAAAGCUGAGCAAGACAAGAUUGCUGCCGACGAGAGACGUCGGUUUCCUCUAGAACAGCGACUCAAGGAGCACAUAAUCGGCCAGGAGGCGGCCAUAAACGUUGUAGCUGCAGCCAUCCGACGUAAAGAGAAUGGCUGGUAUGACGAAGAUCAUCCUCUUGUGUUCUUGUUCUUGGGAUCCUCUGGAAUAGGUAAAACUGAGACAGCCAAGCAAAUAGCUAGAUACCUCCAUAAAGAUUUGAAAAAGGGCUUCAUAAGACUGGACAUGUCUGAAUACCAGGAAAAACAUGAGGUUGCCAAGUUCAUAGGUGCACCCCCGGGCUACGUCGGGCACGAGGAGGGGGGUCAGCUGACCAAGCUGCUCAAGGAGAACCCAGAGGCAGUCGUGUUGUUUGAUGAGGUGGACAAGGCACACACUGAUGUCCUCACCAUAAUGCUACAACUGUUUGAUGAGGGUCGACUGACAGAUGGUAAGGGGCAGACCAUACACUGCAAGAAUGCAAUAUUUAUAAUGACCUCUAACCUGGCUGCAGAUGAGAUCGGUGCUUAUGGGUUGGAACUGCGGAAGGAAGCUGAGAAAAUCUCCAAGCAACGACGAUUGGGAAAAUUAGAUGAGCUGGGUAGUGAAGAAGCCAUCACAGUUUCUCGGAGCUUCAAGGAUAAAGUGGUCAGGCCCAUUUUGAAGAGACACUUUCGUAGAGAUGAGUUUCUGGGAAGGAUUAAUGAGUUUGUGUACUUCCUGCCCUUCUCAAGAUCUGAGCUCAGUCAAUUGGUCAACAAAGAAUUGAAAUUUUGGGCACAAAAGGCUGAGAAGGCUCACAGUAUGCAGAUCACAUGGGACCACAAUGUGAUUGAUGCACUUGCCGAUGGAUAUGAUGUACAUUAUGGGGCCAGGUCCCUGAAAUACGAGGUGGAGAGGAGGGUGGUUUCCCAGCUAGCAAUGGCACAUGAAAGGCAACUCAUUGAGAAGGGUAGCAUCGUUUACCUGGUCGUCCCUGACAAUUGGGUUGCCAAGGCGACAACAGCUGGGGGACAAUCAGCAGAAGAUGAGGAGCAGUCUAGGAAGGAAAUGUUGACACCCAUUAAGUUGCAGCUUGUGAAAAAGGGACGGUUUAGGGAUCAGUUUGUUGACAUAGAUCUGUCUAAAUCUGAUAAUCCAUUUACAACUGAUUGAAGAUUGGUUUUAUACAGAAUGAUUUUUGUUUUAAUAACUUAUUUAAAGACAUCAGUGGUUAAUGCAUUCAGAAUAUUUAUAGUGUUAAGCUUAAAUUUUGUUACUGCAGUUAAUGAUUUAAAAUGGUGACAUUUUUAUAUACAGAAAUAACUAUGUCAAACAAUAUUAUUCUUAAAUAGAAUGGCUCCAACUUAAGCAGCGAAAAUAAAGUUGUUUAAUUGUUUGAGUAACCGGUAGCUUAGUCUCUGUCGCCUUUAGUCUUUAUGUGAGUAUUUGAAUAUGAAUGGAAACUAAUCAACUCGUAGUUUAUUGUGAUAAUGUAUCUCAUCCCUCUCUCCUUGAAUGUCAGUUUGUCAAAUUUUAUAUUUAGUGUAUUUAAAACGAAUGGUGAAAUUUUUCGUAAAUAGCCAUCUGUUGCCUGUUAUGUUUUUUUGCCAUCUUCAACAAUUUACUUGAAACCACAUAUCCUUCUUAUAGGGGCCUUUUCACAGAUUUUAGCAUGUUUUUAAGUUUGUCAUUAAAUGCUUUAUAUUGAUAAAUGUAAUAUUGGAUAUUAAAAGCUCCAGUAAAAAUCAAGAAUAAAAUUAUAAAAAGAAUAUAAAUGGUAACCCUCAGCAGGGCUCGAACCACUGACCUCUGGAGUCCUGGAGUAAAAAUUCUACAACUUAGACCACUGGGCCAUCCUUCCGGAUACAAUGCUUGGUGUAUUUUAUACUUUAUAUAAGCAAUCCUUGUUGUUUUACAAAAUAUAGCGCCAAUAACAGAACUCUCCAAAUUAUUAAUUCGUUUCUCGUUGCAACGCUUUAAAUUUUCAGGUUUUUAAAUCAUCAAAUGAUGCAUAUAAUGGUUAUUUUAGAGCAUGGUAAAUGUUCAGUAUAACUGUUUCCUUAAACGAAAAUUUGCGAAUCUGAAACAACUUUUUUCAAUUUUGUCAAUUUACCCAAACGUGAAAAGGCCCCUUUAAACGCUUUACUGAUUUACGAAACUUUACAGCAAUGAUAUUGUGGUGACCUUGUUACAAAGCUGUUCAAAUCUUUUUGAUGCUCUGCAAAUGUUGGUCACCUGAGCUAAAAUAGAUUUAAAAAAAAGUAAACUUAAAAAAUCUGCUCUAACAAUUAAAGGCUUAGAGCUUUAACAUUUGGUGUGGAACAUCUAGUGGUUGUCUUAUUAUAAGUAAUACGAUUUGUCAAAUCAGGCCGGCCUAUGGAGUCAAAAAUGGCCGCGGCACAGAGAUCAACUGAUUUAUAUGGACUUUAUGGUAAAUAUCUUCCAUGAAAUAGCAAUAGUCAGAGUUGUAUUAUUUGGAGUGUAACUUUUUGGUGUUUAGCUUUGUCAAGUAGUCCUCUCCAAAGAUUGUUCAAAGCAUUCCCCUGAGAUAAAAUCUGGCCACGCCCCAGGCAUCACAUGAAUAAUAUAGACUUUUACUGUAAAAUCCUUAAAAAUCGUUGCUGAAAUCGCAAUGGUCAGGGGUUUAAUGAUUGGUAUGUGUCAUCGUCUAGUGGUCCACUACAAAGGUAGUUUAAAUCAUGCCCCUGGGGUUUCAACAGGCUACACCCAAGGGCGACUGAAUGUAUAUAAACAUAUAUAUUACACUAUUUAAAAUCUUUAAGAAGGCUAAGAUGUGUAAUAUUUUGUAACAUCAUCUAGUGAUCCUCUAAUUAGUUUUUAUGCCCCCGGAUCGAAAGAUCGGGGGUAUAUUGAUUUUGGCCUGUCUGUCAUUCAUUCAUUGUAUGUGUGUGUCUGUCCCAAAACUUUAACCAAAACUUAAACCUUCGUUAAAGUUUGGUCAUAACUUUUUGAAUAUAUAAGAUAGCAACUUGAUAUUUGGCAUGCAUGGUAUCUCAUGAAGCUGCACAAUUUGAGUGGUGAAAGGUCAAGGUCAUCCUUCAAGGUCAAAGUAAAAAAAUACAAUCCAAGGGAAGUAAUUUGCUUUAAAAGGGAGAUAAUUUGUAAACCUGCCAAAUGAUAUAUUGAAAUUUUAUUUCAAAGUGGCGCAGUAGGGGGCAUUGUGUUUCUGACAAACACAUCUCUUGUUUGUAUUCAUGCCCCUGAGGUCACAAUAGGCCCUGUCUGGGGUUGUGAGGUUAAAGGUUUUAAAUUGAAUUUAUGUUUGGUAUGUGACAUCAGAUUGUGGUUGUCUUCAAAGAUUGUCCGAAUCAUAUCAUAUAUAACUUCCCUUUAAAACAUUUGUUUUAUAUACUAGUAUGAUUGUGGCAUAUUCACACUAUAUACAAAAUAUGGCAAACUAAACUGUGUAUUUUGUCGUAUUUGUAAUCUUAUGAACAACAGUCCCAUUUAUUUUCAACUUGAUCGUAAUUAUACAUUCUGGAAGACGCCUUUCCAUGCCAAAAGUUUGUGAUGUCAAUGUCUGUGUCGCUUGGAAUGCUGCACAUGCACAAAGCAGUUUCAUGGGUUUCCACUUCAAUUUGUGUAGACAAUCAUCUGAGAAGUUUAAUGCACUGCUUAAAUUCAUAACAGCAGUUCAUAUAUACCUAAACCUAAAUGACGCUUCCCUAAAUAUUCCUUGACAAUUUUAUGAUAUCGUUAGGAACUUAGGAACGUAAGGUGUAAAUAAGCAUAAAUAAAGGCUUAGGUCUACAACAAUAUCGAUUGUGCAUUUAAAAAGUUAAAAUAAGUUUUAUGGAAGCCUUUUGUUUGAUAGUGAGAUUGUAUACAUGUACAUGUUUAAAGUGUUAAUAAAAACGAAUGUCUAAUUUUGAAUCAGAAUUUUAUUUUCGAAUAUCAGUACACUGGAACUUAAAUAUGUAACACAAAAUAAAACAUUGAUUAUCAAAGUGCUCUGAAAUGAAUCAAUAAAAAAUGAUAUUUUUUUGUAAGGGAAACACAUAUAAAUGAAGCUUUUUGAUGAAUAUUUAGACUGACAUACUUGUAAAUGAUAUUAAUAUUAAGUUUUAACAGAUGUGUCUUAUUCAUUACGUUUUAUAUAUACAAGUCACUUUGUAGCAUUUGGUUCACGUCACAAAAUUUAGUUCCUUCCAUUAGCUCAAAAUUAAAGUAUCUGUUUGUUCUUGUCUUGGGUUUCAUUGCAGUGCUGUAACAACAUAAAUGAUUACUGAUCUAAAUAAAAUAUAACAUUUGAUCUAUGCUAACA